AUGACAGUCUCUUUAAAGCACUUGGCACCGAGCGAUGAUUCUUCCAAUCACUCAUCACUGGGCGACAGCACUUCCAUUCACUUGAUACCAUGUGAUAACUCUUCUCCGAAUGAAUACUCGCAAGUUUCACCGCAAGAAGUUCACCACCCAAGCGAACUACUUAUGUGUAUUUUAGCCACUGAUAUGGCUCGGCAUAAUGAAAUAUUAAGUCAGUUCAAAGAUGCCAUGAUCAGUGGAUUCGAUUUUAACAACAGGACACACAUUAAUUUGUUAUGUAUGGUUUUAAUAAAAGUAGCAGACAUUUCUAAUGAAGCCAGACCCAUGGAUGUUGCUGAACCCUGGUUGGACAGAUUACUUCAGGAAUUUUUUACACAAAGUGAUGCUGAAAAAGAAGAAGGUUUACCAGUAACACCUUUUAUGGACCGUGAGAAGAUCACCAAACCUUCAUCUCAAUGCAGCUUUAUUGGAUUUGUAUUGCUUCCUCUGUUUGAAGCACUAUGUGACCUACUUACAGAGCUAACGGCUAUGAUGGUUGAUCCAGUCAGAUCGGCUUUGGAACAUUACCGUCGCCUCAAUGAAGCUCAUCAUAAAGGAUCACUAGCUGGUGAUUUAGCCCCACCAUCGCCUACUAAACAUCAUCCUGACCUUGAUGAAGAAGAAGAAGGAGCAGGUUUAGAAGAUAUCAGCACCGAUGAAGAAGAGACUGUGACAGAAGUUGCUAUUAGUGAAAAAACACUCAAAUUCAAAAUUUCAACAGAAAGUACUAGUAGUAGUGGAAGAAAAUCUGAUCCUGGGUCCAGAAAGGGGUCUCGAGAGAGAGGUCCUGCAAGCCUGACAGAUGAGGAGUGUCCGUGCCGCAAGGAAAGGUCAAUGAGUGAGGCUGCAAGGUCUCCUGGUCUGGUGAGACGGCUGAGAACCCUUGGUGAGAGGCUUAGGUCAGCAUCAGAAUCGCCAAAAUGUGCUCCCCCUUCACCUGCUAGUCUUAAAUGCCCUUCUGCACCUCCACCACAAACUGAGAGGAGAGCAUCAACAUUACCCAAGGUAAACCGAAAAAGAUUUGCUUCUGAAGCAAGAAAAGGCUGGCGAGGACUAUUAAAGAAACGCGAGGAGGGUGCAGGAAAAUCUAAUGGUCUUUCACAGGAUCCUAUUGUAGGAGACAGUGAAGACAGUGGUGUCAAUAACAACCGAAAAAAAAAUCGGACUGUUGAAGGCUCUCCUCAACGUCAACAUUGGGUACAAAACUUAGUUUCUUCAUUGCGUGGUAAAAAAUCUUAAAAAACAAAAGAAAAAAAAUAAACUAGUUUUAAAUUUAUUAUUCGUGUAUACAAGACCUGUUCUGCCUCAUUCCACUUUUGUAUUAUCCAUACAUUUGAAUAUAGGGCUUGUAAUUAGAAAAAAUAACUCGAAUAUUUUUGGUAUUAAGCUUUCUUAAGUUUUCUUCAAAUAUGAUUUUGCAUUGUAUGAUACAUUUUUAGUUAUUAUUACAUGUUAUUAUUAUUAUAAUAGUAACAUAAUAAUUAUUUUAAUAACAAAAUAAUAAUUAUAUUAUUAUUAUCAUCGCAUCUUACUAUGCGAAUCAUCUCAUAAUUCAACAUGAAAAACAUGAACAGUUUUCAAAAUAAUUUUUAAAAACAUGAAUUAUGUAAUAAAGAUAUUAACUCAAGACAUUUAAACUAUUAUUUCAUUAGAAAUCAUUCCAGAAUUUAAAUUAUUUCAUUAAACAAAUGCCACUAUUUCCUUAUAGAAUCUAUAGUUUAUCAUAUUGAAAAUUGUAAUAGAAUAGUCAGGAAUAAUUGAUUCGAGUUACUUUUAUUUUGCAUGUCCUAUAAAUUUUUUAAACAAUCUUUUAUAUUUCUAUUGCCUAUGUUACUGUACUCUACUUUUUAUAUUAUACAACAGUGAGAAGUUAUUUACUUUUCCAUAAGUUGUAAUUUUUUUCAGAGACCCGUGAAAAGAUUUUUCUUAUAGAAUGAUUAUAUGUCAUUAAAUUAUUGUUUGAAUUUUUAAGUAUAUUUUUGUUAUCAUGAUAUAAAGAUGUUGAUAUGUUUAUAAAAGUAGUAAGGAAAACUAAAAAAAAAAAAAAAAAAAAAUAUCUUUUAUUUACAGUAGUCAUUGUAUUUUAAAAUAUUUAUUAAUAUUAUUAAUAUAAACAAAUUUUCAAUUAUUUUUUAAUGUAGUUACAUGUUAUUCAUUUAACUUAAUCUUUUGUAAUAACUAUAUUGACAAGAGUGUUUAAAAUUUAUCAUCAAAUUUUUCAUUGUUAAAUGUUUAUCAUUUGUUUCAAUGUCGGGUGAUACAUAAAACAUGUGAGUGUAUAUAUGUCAGAUAUAUAUCUGUACUACUUAAUGAUCAAAGUUGUUCUUAUUAUUUAUUUAUUUUAUUUAAUCAAAUAAGUUAGACCAAUAAAGAUACACCCAAGACUGAGAUCUUAAUCAAACAUUUAGUUUGUAUCAGAAUUUCACAUGCAAAGAUCCAAGUUGAAUACGCCAAAAUUAUUAGCCUAUGAGUAAUUUAGUUUAGUUAUUAUAUUUCAGUAUGAAUUGAUAGUACUGAUUACAUCUGUGUAUUUUUAAGUAUGAAAACUGGCUGGGACAGUUUUAAGUAACCAUUGAAAUAAUAAAAAAAAAAAUUCCUGAUGAUUUUUCUUAUGUAUUUUUAAUAGUGACCAUGAUCGAUAAAUUGAUACUCACAGUAAAACAAUAACUGUAUAUUUUGUAUUGGGUUGUCAAGUGUUUACCUACUUUGUGUUUGUAUUCAAGUUUAUACACUGUGGCAUCUUGGUCAUACUUGUACCUUUUCUUUCCAAAUUUUAAGUAAUUGUUUUGGUUUAUGUGCAUUUUCACUAUCUAAGUUAAUAUGUAGUUUACAGAUUAAUGUUAUUGAUACUAUUAAUUAUAUUUCAACUUAUUUCUAAUAUUUGUCAUGACUGAGAGGGGCCCUCAGGUUAGCAUAUGUGUCUGUUCUUAGAAAAAUACUAAUAACAAGCAUUUGUUAUCCCGUAAAUCAAACUUCAACUAUGUUCUAUCCAACCAAAAAUUCUUAAUACGACUAUUAAUGUUGUUGGAUUGUCAAUGGAAAAUCCAAAGAAUAAUUAGAAUAUUCAAGCUAUUUCCUUAGUUUCAUCAGCUCCUUUGCCAAUUUAUAUUAGUUCUUUUCAGUUUUCUAUUAACCAUACCUUAUUCCGGGAGAGUAAUUUUUUUUCUUUGAGUAAUCAUACUCUUUUAAUGCAUUUAAAAACAUUCAGUGUUUUAUUAUUACAAAAAGCUCUCAGCAGUGUUGAAACAUAAAUUCUUAACUAUAAUUCUCAGAAUCAUAUAGAUGCCUUUCAGAGUACAAACCAAAAUAUUCUAAAUAUGGCUCAUAUCAAUAUUGUCAAUAAAAUAAAAAACUUGAAAAUAUUACUGUCUCCCUGUGAAAUCUAAUCAUAGGAAUAUACAGUGCUUAUAUUUCAAUACCAUUUAUAAUAGUUUGAUUUAUUGAGGGUCCCAUUAUAGCAAGGGUUCUUAGCCUAUGAGGGGGCCUGUACAUAAUAUCUUUUAUAUACUUCAACUAACAGCCUGUUUUAUUUCUUAAAUUGUAUUAUAAUCUUUGGGUUUAUAAUACAAUCCAAUACACAAAACUUAUUAAUUUUCUGUUAAGUAAUAAAUAAAAAAAAAAUUUGAGAAAUCAAAUUUUAUUAAAAAUAAUCUUAUUUACUAAUAAAGCCUUUUUCAUGGCGAAUUUAUGAGAGCCUAAGACAGAUCAUUUCCCAACUAUCUUCAAGAAUUUCUUAUGUUUUAAAUAUAAAAGAUAGACUUACACAAUUUUACGAUAUAUAUUUCAUGUAAACAAGAUUUUUUUUUUUUAUUGAAUGACGCAGGGAAGUAGAUGAGGUUUUUGAGUUGGGAAAUCAGAGAUAUUGAAGCCAAGAGAUUAGGAAAGAGUUCUAGCCCAUUCUUUUAGCUUUCCUGCUUGAAUACUCGUUGAAAUUCAAUAUCUUUUAUGUCCUACUUAUGUAAAACAUUAAAAAAAAAGAUGAUCUAAUGUUGAUAACAGAUAUGCAUAUUACACAAGAGAAAAUAAGUUAGUUUGACUUUAUCUUUCUAAGAUUUUCCUUAAAAAUGUGCCAUAAACUCUCAAGAGAACCUUCUCUAGGUUAUGAACCCCUGCUCAUAAAGAUUAAAGUUAAUAAUGUCAUUAUCUUUAUUAUGUGGUUAAUGAUAAGAACAAAAGUUACUAAUAUUCUGAAAUUGUUUUGUUUUGAUACUAUACAAUUUAUUUAGCUUUAUUAAAUUAAACCAGGUGUAUGUUUAAUAUCUUGAUUUAAAUUAUAAUAUCAGAACUAGUUUUAAAGCAUGAAAUAACUUGACUUCCCAAUACAUCAGAUAGGCCAUUUUGUCUUCCUUACCAGAUAUUGGAGAUAAAACAUACACCUGCCUUGGUUGCAUUUAUAUCAGCAAUAAUGCGCUGAAGUUUUUUUUUUUGCUCUGAUUUCACAAAUUCAAUUUCUAGUCCUUGAUCAGAGCUUUGUACAUAUUAUAUAUAUGUCUCUUCUUAGACAAUCCUUACCGAAUUCCGUCUUCCUCUUCUUCUCAAGGCCAUCAAAUGGAGGAUGUGGAUUAUCAAAUCACAUAUUUUCCUAUUGUAUAAUAUGCACUUUCUAUUUAUAAGUGAAGCAUUAGUUCCGUAGUCCUUACUAUGUUUUUUGUGAUAAAACUAUCAUAUAAUUAUAAUAUAUUAUAAUUAUCUGUAAGAUACUCAUAGACUAUGAGAUAAUUUUAAAUUUAAAUUAUCUAAUUCAAACUAUAUAUGUUUAUUAUAAAUAUUUUUUAUACUUAACAUAUUACUUAAAAUUAAAAAAAAAAACUUGCUUAUUCAUUGAGCUGUAAGGUUAUUAUUAAUAAUUGUUAUUGUUAUUACUUGUUAAUCAUGAAGUUUUAACUUUUGAAUAUGAUCCUCUUAUUAAUUCACUAUUAAGUAAUAAAUCAAAACCACCAGUAAAAAAAAAUUUGAGAAUUCAAAUUUUAUUAAAAAGAAUCUUAUUUACCAGUAAAGCCCUUUUCAUGGCAAAUUGCUUAUUUGGAUUUCACUGAUAAUGACCAAGCAUAUGAUUAAUGAAAUAGUAAAUUCUUAAAAAUUAAAUAUCAGGAUUUGGAAGGAAAGUCAUUGGUCAAUAUAUUUUUGAAAAAAAGUAUCUAUUUUUUUAUGUUAUAUUUAUUUUCAUGGUUGUAUCACAUCGAUAUUUCCUCAUUUAAUUAGCUAUGCUGUGACUCCAAACAUAUUAAUUUACUGUUAAUGUACUAUAUAGGUAUAUCUAACUUCAAGGUUACUUAAAAUUAUACAAUUUUCUUUUUAAAACUGUACACAAUAUAUUCUACCUGCUAUACCUCAAAUGGAACACGGAACGAUGUGAGUUGUGAAAUACUAUGAGAAUUUGGAUACAUGUGGGAUCGCUUAAAUCAGCCCCAAAUCCAUUAGCAAAAUCCAAUCACUGCUACCCACCAUGAAUGUUGAAAAAUGAUGGAUUGGAAGGAUGGAAUCAUAGUUUUUCACACACUUUAUAAGCUGUGCUAUAUUAUUAAUAAUAAAAAUUGUUAGUCAAGAAAUACAAUAUAGGUUGUUUAAAGUAUGUUAUGAAAAUAUUGAUAUUAAUAAUUUACAAUUUUGUUAAUUUUUAUACCAGAACUUAUGUUAAAAAUUUAAAUAUUAAUUAAAAGUAAAAACACUUAUCAGUGGAUUUAUAAUAAAAAAAUUAUUAAAAAUUCCACAAUUUCUUUUUUAUUAAUACAAUAUAAAAUAAAUUUAAGAAUUAAAUUAAUGUUUACAUUGAUAUAUUACUAGCCUAUAAAUAUAAAAUAGGUGUUUUACCAACAUUUCAAUUUUAUUUAAAAAAGUCAUGACAAAAAUUAUCAAUUAUACAUUAAUAAAAAUAAUAAAGUUGCUAAUUCCACCCUUCUGACUAUCAACAUAAGUUUAAUAAUGUUCAGAAAUGAUGUUUAUUAAUAAUACAGAAAAAGGAAUCAUUUAGAAAAUGGCCUGUGGGAGUGUAAAUCAGUCAACCAGGGAUUCUUGAAAUAGUCUUCAUUUUAAGCACUCCAUUAGCUCUACUUCAUCGUUCCACUGUUCUAUUUGAAGUGAGUGUCAGUGACCCUCUUUAAAUAAAAGCAUACAAUAAUACCUAUACUAAUAAUUUAACUAUGUUCUAUAUGAAAAAAAAAAACAACUACAAUGAGUUGUUAGUUUUCUUACAUUUGCACAAAAUAGAAAAAUUGUUUUGCUUACAAUAUUCAGAGAGGUAAAUUUCUUCAGGAGCAUUAAAUUUCAUCUUGUAUAUUUUGACUACAAGGUACUUCCAAUGUCUGUCUUCUAGAUUUUUUAAUGUAGAUUCAUCAUUUCUGACUUCAUAUAUUUUUAUUUAAUCUUGAUCAAGUCAGUCUUCCUUGAUUUUCUAAUAAAUAUAUGUAUAUAUUUUAUUGAUUUUUGUUCAAUGUAUAAAAAGUUUUUUUCCUCAAAAACUUCAAGGUUUCAGACAAUUUUUUUUAUGUAAAUAUAUUUUCAUGGAAGUUCAAUAUAUAAGAGGAGGAGGGUUCAUCAUUAUUAUUAUCAUCGUCUUUGAUGAUUCACUUGCUAAUUAAUAUGAAAAUAAUUAAGUUAAUCACAGGCCAUUCCCAUGAAAUUCCAACUGUUAUUAAAGUACAAUACUUUGAUUUUUUCUUUUUUUUUUUUUCAGAAACUAAUUUAAUCCUAGUGAAAGUAUUUAUGCAAUUUUUCAUAAAUGCAACUUAAUACCUAUCAAAAUAAACAACAAAUCUGAUCUAAAAAUUAAAAGUUGUGAUAAUUAAAAGUUGGACAGGUAUUGAUUGUCUAGUCAUUAAUGAUACUAAUUUGAGCUAUUCAAUGUUUUUCAAUAUUGAAUUCCAUGCUCCCACAUUGGAAGUGAGAUUUUUGUGGAUAAAUCUAAAAACAAAGUCUUAUUGUUCUCUAUUUUGGCCUAACUACUGGAUGUUUUUGGGAUUGAAUAAACGCUAAUUUUAUUGGUCUUCAUUUGAAGUUGUCUGGUGAAAAAAAUAUUUAAAUUUUUCUAUUGUACAGUUAAUUCGAUUUAGAUAUACAUAACCAUUUACUUUCCUGUCAUAAGACAUUAGAAUUAUAUAAAUUCGUACUGGUACUUUUUAUAUCCAGGUUAAUUGACAUUUUUUUAAAGAAUAUUUAAUAAUAGUAUUUUCACAAUCAACUUGAAAUUAUAAUUGUGAAGGAAAUAGUACAAUAUAAUUUUACAUAAAGGAUUAGUAUGUUAUUUAAAAUGAAUUAAAUGGAAAGGGACUUGAUAAUUAUGUGAAAAAUAUGUUACUGCCAAUUUACUUAUCAGAUUCUAGGUGUUAUGAUUAUUACAAUAAAUUAUCUGAUGUAUGGCUUUAAUAAAUAUUCUAUGUUCCAUGAAUUAGUAAUAAAUGUUUUUUGAAUGUUGUGAAACUGUUCCCACUUCUCUUUUCCUCUCUUUGAUUAGAACACAUUGAUAGUAAUUGUAGUUAACGGAGGAUUAACGCACUUUUUGAUGGACAUUUUCAUAAUUGGGAAAUACUUUAUUGUAACUUAUCUUAAUUGUAACAAAGUACUCAAGUUGAUUAAUGAAAAACAAAUGUGUGCAGUUGAUUCUCAUAAUAGGAAUGUAAUUAAAAUUAGAAAAUAUCCUGUAAAUCAAGUAGCUCUAUUUUUAUUUUUUUUAAUCCUUAUUUUUAAAACUAUUGACAUUUAUGUAUAUAAACAUUGUCUUACACCCCUUGAUUUUAUAAAAUAACUUUGAAAAUCAUAUGUUCACAUCCUCUGCAGGCCUUUCCUUUAUAUCAAUAUACCUAAGAUUCUGUGCCUUUAAUCUUGUUGAAGUAACAUUAAUUCUAUAACAGAUUGAUUCGAUACAUUUAUAUCUGAGUUGUCCAAUAGAAAUGAUUUAUGGAGAUAAACUACAGAAUGAUUUUUUCUGGUUAUCAGAAUUACUAAUUUUAUUUGCAUAUAAAAUUUGAAAAUGGUGUUUAAAGAAUUAAUCUAAUUACAUCAAGUUAAAUCUUCUGAAGAGCCUCAUAACAACACCAAGUGCUAUGGAAACAGACUAUAGCUGAAAUAUAUACUUCAGCACAUAGCAAUUGUCCAUAUCAUAUUUGUUGACACAUUUCUGUGGUGUCUCAUAAGUAAUGUCUUCACCUUUAUUUUCUAGAAGAUGGUUUUACCUUAAAAGAGUUUCAAUUUUAUGUACCUCCAAAAUUUGUCUGAUAUUAACCAUCGAUGGUAUAACACAAUUUUACAAAUUCAAUCUAUUGAACGUGUUUCUGUCAAUAAGAUUGUAUGAUUGCAUAAUUAUUUAUAAUAUAUUGUUAAAAACAUGAUAAUAUAAGUUGAUGUUGGUUAGCCUUUACUGAAUAUUUAAGUAUAAAUUUAGGCCCUAAUUGGUGGUUACACAUUUCAGCUAUAGUCUAUUGAAAGUCUUUAUGAGACUGUUUUGCUGGAUGAAAGACCUUGAGUAACAAGAAAGAGGACCAAAUAAAGUGUUACAGGCUUAUUCUCUUCCUCAUGGUUGUCCUGCCUUGUUUUUGUAGUACUGUUUAUGUGAUCGCAUUCACUGGUCAAAUUAAUAGAAACAUAAGGAAAAUAAAUUAAAUUGUAAGUGGCUCAUCAUUUUCUCAAAUAUAAUGUACCUAGUUAAAACUGUAAAGAUAAUUUUGUUUUAAUUUAUUUUUUAUUUGAUUGAUUUCUGAACAAGAAGAUAUCAUUUUGUAAUUUGUGCCUCUGUUUUAUGAUUCAUUAAAAUGACAUGCUAUUGGACUUGUAUGGCUAUUUUAUUGCAUUAUUUAAGUGAUAAAAGAUGUUAAUUGCCAAUAUAACUGUGUUAUAUUAAAAUAGAAUGUAAGUUGUUAAUGUAUUAUUUAUCUUGUAGACAAGUUAGGUUUGAUGUAAAUGUGGAUGGCCUUUUUUUCCUUCCUCAUUUUAUAUAAAUUUGUUCUAUCCUCAAAUUGGUAGAGUCUUUACAUACGCAAAAUGAAUUUCAUAGUUUGAGAUAGCUUUGCAAAAAAUAAAUUUGAAACAGCUAUCUUACUUAUAGAUAAUUUGUCACAAAUAACAUAAUAAUUAAAAAUAAAAAAUAAAAGAUGACUGUUACAAAGUCCUGCUUUUUUCUAUGCUCUACCAAAUUUGUUAAUGGAGAAUAUGGACCUGAAUGGUCUUUUAUUAAUGUGUAUAUUUCUAAUCUAUGUAUAUUGCAUUAUAAAUUGAAAAUGGGACAGUAUUACAGUAUUAGUUUCCUAUCCUUGUUUCUGUUCAUUUCCUCGAUCCCAAGACCCAGUUUAGGUAUAAUAUUAGUUAAAUUGGGUGUUCAAUUUAUCAUAUCGCAAUGGAUGUGUUAAUGUAUUGUGACCAAAUAUAAAAAAUAUAUAUAUAUAUGUGUAUUUUCAAUUUUGUUAAUAUUUUAUCCUUACAUUUUAUAAUAUGCUGUAUUUUAGUUUUUAAUGCC